AUGAAGACUACAUCUGUUCCGGGCGCCACUCUGGCAGUGGCCUCGCUCUUCUCAUCCUUUGCAGCAGCAGUUCAGCCUCUUAAUGUCAAUGGCGCGAACUUCGUCACCAAGUCAAGUGGAAAUCGCUUCUCUAUCGUCGGUGUUGACUACCAGCCCGGCGGCUCCUCCGGUGUCAGCGCCACUAGCGAUCCUUUGAGCGAUGGCAAUGCUUGCUUGAGAGAUGCCAUUCUCAUGCAGCGCCUCGGUGUCAACACUAUCAGAGUUUACAACUUGAUCGCCGACCUCAACCAUGACGAAUGUGCAUCUAUCUUCAACGCUGCGGGUAUCUACAUGCUCCUCGAUGUCAACAACGGAAACCUCGGAUCAUACAUCGACCGCACCGCGCCCUGGACGACUUACACCAACCAGUACCUUACCCAUGUCUUUAGCAUUAUUGAGGCCUUUGCACCUUACCCCAACCUUCUCGGCUUCUUCUCUGGUAACGAGAUCAUCAACGAGGAGAGUGCUGUCAAUGCGCCUGCUUAUAUCCGCGCGGUCACCCGCGACAUGAAAGACUACAUCGCCAAGAACGUCGACAGAGAGAUUGGCGUUGGUUACUCGGCCGCUGAUGUUGCCGUAUCCCUCAGCGACACUUGGGAGUACCUUGGCUGCGAAUUGUCCAACUCGACAUCCUCCAAGAUUGACUUCUUCGGCCUCAACGAUUACGAGUUCUGCGGAGACGCGACAUUCGAGUCAUCCGGCUACAACAAGUUGGUGCAACAAUUCGGCAACACCAGCAUUCCCGUCUUCUUCUCCGAAUACGGAUGCAAUCUCGUCAAGCCCCGCCAUUUCACCGAAGUCCCGAUUCUCUAUGGCGAGCAGAUGAGUGUCAUGUCGGGUGGUCUUGUGUACGAGUACAGCGAGGGUAUCAACGACUACGGCCUUGUCAACAUCACGAGUGCCGACGAGAUCACUCUCCGCGAAGACUACGGCUUCCUGGCCACCCAGUACGCCAAGCUUGACGAGAGCCUCCUCACUUCCGCCAACACCACUGCUACUGGUCGUACCGCUCCUGCAUGCGAUCCCGAUCUCAUCACCGAGAGCUCUUUCUACCGCAGCUGGGACCUUCCCGCCCGUCCCGACGGUGUCGACGACCUGAUCAACAACGGCAUCUCCAACGCCAACCAGGGAAAGACUGUAUCUGUUACCAAGACCGCUAUGCCUGCCACUGUCUACGACUACAACGGCGACCAGGUCAACAACCUCGAGCUCACUAUUCUUGACGAGCAGGACAGCAACCGCCCUGGUCUUGCCGGAAACUACACUCCUUCUACACCUACUGGAACUGCCUCAGCUACUGGUAGCCAGAGCACCAGCGGUAGCUCCAGUGCCACCCGCAGCAGCUCUAGAUCUGCCUCUGCCACUGGCUCUCAGGCUGCAGCCACUAGCUCAGGUGCCGCGGUGCCUAUGAUCGCCACUUCCGGUGCUGCAACCUUCGGUGCCUUCCUCGCCUCUCUCUUUUUCUUGUAA